UUUUUGUCUGUGUGUGUGAGAGAGAGUACUGAACACCUCCAUGCGGGUGCCCUUCCUACGGAAUCAUCUGUCAAUUUCCUGAAGGGGGAAAAAAAAACUAAAGCUGUUUGUUGCUGAUUUGAAAGUAUGUUUGUGUCCCUUUGGCACUAACAGAGAUGAUUCUGGCUAAAUUACAAGGCAUUGGGAAGCAGCUCCUGAGGGUGAAGGUUGUGGACUGCAGCUUAGACGAAACCCGGCUGGCCCGAUGCCUCAGGACCUUUGACCUGGUGGCCCUGGGCGUUGGGAGCACAUUGGGUGCCGGUGUUUAUGUGCUCGCUGGUGCCGUAGCUCGUGAAACCUCUGGACCUGGCAUCGUCCUCUCAUUUCUCAUAGCUGCGCUAGCUUCCGUGCUAGCUGGUCUGUGCUACGCCGAGUUUGGAGCCCGUGUCCCGAAAACCGGCUCAGCUUACCUCUACUGCUAUGUGACGGUGGGAGAACUAGGGGCUUAUAUUACGGGCUGGAACCUCAUUCUCUCCUAUGUCAUUGGAACUUCAAGUGUGGCGAGGGCUUGGAGCGCCACCUUCGAUGAGCUCACCGGAAAGCACAUUGAGCAAUUUUGCAAACAAUACAUGAAAAUUAAUGUACAGUGGCUGGCAGAGUAUCCGGACAUAUUUGCUGUCUUCAUCAUACUCUGUCUGACAGCGUUGCUUGCUUUUGGAGUCAAAGAAUCGGCCAUGGUGAAUAAAGUAUUCACUUGCGUCAAUGUGCUUGUCCUGCUGUUUGUGAUCGUCUCUGGACUGGUUAAAGGAGACCUAAAAAACUGGAAUCUGAACCCUGAAGAGAUCCUCAACGCCACUGGAAACGCCACCCAUAAUACCUCACUUCCCCACCCUGAAACUCUUGGUGCAGGCGGCUUCAUGCCGUUCGGGUGGUCAGGGAUCCUCUCUGGUGCUGCCACCUGUUUUUAUGCCUUUGUGGGGUUUGACUGCAUUGCCACUACAGGAGAGGAAGUGAAGAACCCCCAGAAGGCCAUUCCCAUCGGCAUCGUGGCCUCUCUCCUCAUCUGUUUUGUGGCUUACUUCGGCGUUUCGGCGGCUCUCACUGUUAUGAUGCCGUACUACAUGCUGGACAAAGACAGCCCUCUUCCAGUGGCCUUUAAGUAUGUAGGCUGGGAGGGAGCCACUUAUGCAGUAGCCAUUGGCUCUUUAUGUGCUCUGUCGACCAGCUUGCUGGGCUCCAUGUUCCCAAUGCCAAGAGUGAUCUGGGCCAUGGCGGAGGAUGGCCUGCUCUUCAAAUGCUUGGCUAAAAUCAGCACGCGAACCAAAACCCCGCUAACAGCUACAGUAACCUCCGGCAUGGUCGCAGCUGUGAUGGCUUUCCUGUUUGAGCUAAAGGACCUGGUGGAUCUCAUGUCUAUUGGCACUUUACUGGCCUAUACUCUGGUUGCUGCCUGUGUGUUGGUACUCAGGUACCAGCCUGAGCAGCCGAGUACGGCCUAUGAGAUGGCCAACACCCAGGAGGAGCCGGAGUCUUGCAGCGAAGGGAACUCUGAUGUCUUUCCUCAACCAGAAGAUACGAUCAGCAUCAAGAAUCUCCUGUCCCCCUCCAACCCCGAACCCUCUCCUCUGUCUGGUCGUACCGUCAAAAUCUGCACCAGCAUAAUCGGUGUUAUGGUGUGUGUUUUCAGUGCUGUUGCUGCUCAACAAACUCUGGCCCCCUGGGCUGUGGCUCUGAUGAGUGUUAGCAUGGCGGUUUGUGUCCUUCUCACCUUUGUUAUAUACAGGCAGCCUCAGAGCAAAGCCAAGCUGGCCUUUAAGGUUCCCUUGGUGCCCUUCGUUCCCAUCAUCAGCAUGUUUGUCAAUGUCUACCUGAUGAUGCAGCUCAAUAAAGGAACCUGGGUGCGCUUUAGCAUUUGGAUGCUGAUAGGUAUCUUUAUCUACUUCGUCUAUGGCUUUUGGAACAGCGCAGAGGCAACCAGGUCUGAUGCCUGCUCAAUAAAAGGAGAGCCAAUGACCAGAGAGAAGGAGGCCUUGAACACAUCAAACUGCACUCGAGACGGUGACGACUGAUGAGGAAAUGAGCGCUUACACAUUUUCUGAAACGGCUGCACAGAAAACACUGCAGAUCCGUGCAUGCAUGCAUCUUUGAAUGUCUGUUUCUAAAGUUUGCUAUUCCCAAAUUGACGACAUGCCAAAACAACAAUCACAUUUUCAGUGAUAUAUUUGUUGUGCAGAAUUAACUGUGGCUCACAGACUCAGAGCCUAAUGUUUUAAUAUCUGAUGUUUACUGUGAAUUACAGAGAUUAAUAAUAGAGCUGACAAUUAUCCACUCAGUUUCCUGCCGGAACACCUAACCCAUAUGUUAGGUGUUAGGUGCAUUGAAAAAAAAUGUACUUAUGUUACUGAAAAAAUAGUUGCUUUAUGCAUUAUGCUGCCUUCAAUGAGCUGCUCAGAUUAGAGCAAUAUUUGACGCAUUGCUCUAAUCGCAAAUUAGAGCAAUGCAUCAAUGUAUUGCAAAUUAGCGGAUCAAUGACACAAGUUUGUUGGGUAUAAAGAUGAGUGUUGUUUUUAUGAGUGGAAAUUGCACGUUUUAUCUGAAAGCUGCUAAUAUGGAGUUUUUGUCAGAUACUUGAGAUGGUGCCUUUUUCCCAAAGAAAUGUCACAACUUCAAAGGUGAUAUCCUUUAAACAUUUGAUACUUGUUAUGAGAUGAAAAUGCAGUUAAUUGUCUGUGUAUAAAGUAUCCUCUGGAGUAUGAAAAUCCGGUUUUAAGGAAUAUGGAGAAUUUUAUUUUUGGACCAUUUUUACAUUUUUUGUGCAUAUGCAUUUAAACAGGAAGAACAGUUUUAAUAUUGUGGUUAAGUUUUGUUUGAGUGGCCAAAACUAGCUUAAUUUGCUGUUCUCAAACUCACUGUGGCAGCUGCAACAGGUGUCUUUUUAAAGAAUUUUCGUCCCAAGUGCAGGUCCGAGCCAUUCGAGCCAUUUGCCCAGAAACCGAUGCUGAACGUAUGCUUCAAAAUUCAGUAGCUUUAAAGUUGUUCCUUAUGUUUCAUCAGUAAUGCGUGGUUAACAUUACCACUGUGACUGUGUUGCAUUCAAGUCACUCACCAGACGUCUGGUAUUCCAGACGUCGUAUUACCAUUUCUUCACAAGAGCAGCAACUAUCUUGACCUUUCAAGUAUUUUGCAGGUCACUCUUACAUGUCUAAAGAUGCGUCUUACAGUCACAAUCUUUGGUAAACUUGCAUAUUUCUCCUGUUAACUGUGCUUUUGUGUGAAACAUGCCAGCAUGUUGAUUGAGUUUUGAUGUGACUUGU